AUGCACACCCACGGCAUCAUGGCCAGCACUCAGGAGCACCUGGGCUUGUCUUCCUCCCCCAGCUCCAUCAGCAAAGCCUUCUGUGAAGACAAGGACUUGAGCAGGUUCCACGAUGAGCAGGCAGCUGCCGGCAGCCAGCCGUGUCCCGAGCUCAUCGAGGAGGUGCGUGAGAGGGGCUCGGUGCAGGCGGUGCCCGCCGGCAGCCCGGAGCCCGCCGGCAGCCCGGUGACCGCGGCCGUGCUGAGCAGCAUCAGCGAGGACUGCCGGGAGCAGUUCGCCAACAGCGUGCUGCAGCUGCGGGAGCACGACGAGCCCGAGGCCGCCGGCCCGCCCGGACCCCGCGGCGCCGGGGAGGGGGACGGCGGCGGCGGUACGGAGGACGUGAAGGUGCAGUUCAACAGGGCGGGCGGCGGCUUCCUGGAGGGGCUGUUCGGCUGCCUGCGGCCCGUCUGGAACAUCAUCGGCAAGGCUUACUCCACCGACUACAAACUGCAGCCCCAAGACACCUGGGAGGUGCCGUUCGAGGAGAUCUCGGAGCUGCAGUGGCUGGGCAGCGGGGCGCAGGGAGCUGUCUUCCUGGGCAAGUUCCGGGCCGAGGAGGUGGCCAUCAAGAAAGUGAGAGACCAGAACGAGACAGACAUCAAGCACCUGCGGAAGCUCAAGCACCCCAACAUCAUUGCCUUCAAGGGAGUCUGCACUCAGGCCCCAUGCUACUGCAUCAUCAUGGAGUACUGUGCCCAUGGGCAGCUCUACGAGGUGCUGCGAGCCGGCCGCAAGGUCACCCCCCGGCUGCUCGUGGACUGGUCCACAGGGAUUGCAAGUGGGAUGAACUAUCUGCACCUCCACAAGAUCAUCCAUAGAGACCUCAAGUCACCAAAUGUUUUAGUCACACACACAGACGCAGUGAAAAUCUCAGAUUUUGGUACCUCUAAAGAGCUCAGUGACAAAAGUACCAAAAUGUCCUUUGCGGGGACUGUGGCGUGGAUGGCCCCGGAGGUGAUCCGCAACGAGCCUGUCUCGGAGAAGGUGGACAUCUGGUCGUUUGGGGUAGUUCUGUGGGAGCUGCUUACAGGAGAGAUUCCCUACAAGGAUGUGGACUCUUCAGCCAUCAUUUGGGGAGUGGGCAGUAACAGCUUGCACCUUCCUGUCCCUUCCACCUGCCCAGAUGGCUUCAAAAUCCUCAUGAAGCAGACCUGGCAGAGCAAGCCCCGGAACCGUCCCUCCUUCCGUCAGACGCUGAUGCACCUGGACAUUGCCUCUGCGGAUGUGCUGGCGACUCCUCAGGAAACGUACUUCAAGUCACAGGCUGAGUGGAGAGAAGAAGUGAAGAAGCACUUCGAGAAGAUCAAGAGCGAAGGGACCUGCAUUCACCGGCUGGACGAGGAACUGAUCCGGCGUCGCCGGGAGGAGCUGAGACAUGCGCUGGACAUCCGGGAGCACUACGAGAGGAAGCUGGAGAGAGCCAACAACCUCUACAUGGAGCUCAGUGCCAUCAUGCUGCAGCUGGAGGUCCGGGAGAAGGAGCUCAUCAAGAGGGAACAAGCAGUGGAAAAGAAAUACCCUGGGACUUACAAACGGCACCCAGUCAGACCAAUAAUCCAUCCCAACACCGUGGAGAAGCUGAUGAAGAGGAAGGGGGUCCCCCACAAAGCAGGCAGCCAGGCUAAGAGGCCAGACCUGCUGCGCUCAGAGGGCAUCCCCAGCGCGGAGGCGGCGUCCAACGGCUCUCCGGUCUCGGGCAGCCCCAAGAUGUCGACGCUGAGCGGCAAGAGCCGGUACCGGGGCAAGCCUCGCCACCGCCGCGGCAACAGCAAGGGCAGCUCCAGCGAUUUCCCAGGCGUCCUGCGGGCGCAGCCCGCGCAGGAGGAGGUGGCUCCCGCUCCUCCUCCUCCCCACCUCUCGCAUCACCCGCAGCAGCCCGGCCACGGGCAGGACAUCGCCAACUGCGCCAACAACCUGCGGUACUUCGGCCCUGCGGCCGCGCUGCGCAGCCCGCUCAGCACCCACGCUCAGCGCCGCAUGGCCGGAUCCAGCCCCGAUCUCAUCUCGGCCGCCGUACAGGCAGACUGCCGGAGGAGCUUGCAGAGCCCGCGGGGCACGGCCGAACGCUGGCAGUGCUGCCAGGCAGACCCCUACGGCUCCUGCCUGCAGUGCGGGGAGGAGGACUUCGGGCAGGGGCAGCCGGCGGGCACAGCGCCCAGCCGCGGGCAGUCGCCUGCGCCGCCUGCUCUGUACGAGAGCACAGAGCGCAUGGAGAGGGGCGAGGGGCGGGACUUCGGCAGCUGCGACCCAGCCGCUGCCAUAGGCACGCCCCAGCACCUGGCUGCUUCAGUGCUACCCUGCAAGGCAAGACCCCUUCAAAAGAGUGGUGAUGACUCUUCAGAAGAGGAGGAGGGUGAAGUGGACAGUGAAGUGGAGUUUCCUCGCAGACAAAGACCUCACCGCUGCAUCAGCAGCUGCCAGUCCUACUCCACCUUCAGCUCGGAGAACUUCUCUGUGUCUGAUGGAGAGGAGGGGAACACGAGCGACCACUCCAACAGCCCUGACGAGCUGGCCACCAGGCUGGAGGACGAGCUGGCCACCAAGCUGGAGGAUGAGCUGGCUGAGAAGCUGGAGGACAUGCUGUCCCAGACCCCCGAGAUCCCCAUCGAGAUCUCCACGCAGUCCGACGGGCUGUCGGACAAGGAGUGCGCUGUGCGCAGGGUCAAGACUCAGAUGUCUCUGGGCAAGCUCUGUGCAGAGGAGCACAGCUGUGAGCCCCCAGGCCAGUUUGCAGACUCAGAUUGUGACUCUUCUGAGGGGGAGUGUUCCGAUGCCACCGUCAGGACCAACAAGCCCUGCAGCUCUGCUACUUGGUAA